UUAUUAAUAGUCAUGUCUUUUUCUUUAACAUUUAAACGAACAAUUUUUUUUAAUAAAAUAGUUAAACUAAAUAUUUCCGGAUUUUUCAGGCAAUAUUCAUUCUUUACGGAAUCUAAUUUUUCUAGCGAUUCAACUACAUUAUCGGAAAAAACAAGAUGGACACAAAAUUCUAAACGAUUAGGUGCAAUUGCUAGAAAGAGAGGAAUGUCUGCAUUAUGGGAUGAAUGGGGUGUAAGACAUCCGGUAACGAUUUUACAGUUGGAUAAAGUUCAAGUGGUUCAAAUUAAACAAAAUUCAAAAUAUGUAAAGCCACCUUUAGUUGCAGUUCAAAUCGGUUGUACUGAAAAAAAAUUAAAAGGAUUUACAAGACCUUUAUUAGGUCAUUUUAGAAAAGCUGGGGUUAACCCGAAAAAAAAAUUAUUAGAAUUUCAUGUCACCCCCGAUGCUGUUUUACCUGUCGGAACUGAAAUAAAAGCAGCCCAUUUUGUACCAGGACAAUAUGUAGACGUAACAGCUCCUUCGAUUGGUAAAGGUUUUGCAGGUGUUAUGAAAAGAUGGAAUUUUAGAGGAUUGCCUGCAUCACAUGGUACUUCAUUGGCUCAUCGUUCUGCUGGUUCAACAGGUCAAAAUCAGGACCCAGGAAAAGUUUUCAAAGGAAAAAAGAUGGCGGGUAGGCUUGGAGGUAACAGUGCGACGGUUUUAAAUUUAAAAGUUCUUAAAAUUGACAACAUUUUGAAUUUGAUUUAUGUCAAAGGUGGUGUUCCUGGUUUUGAUGAUCAAUAUGUAAGAAUAAGAGAUGCUAUAAAGAAACCUGGGAAAAAGUGUUUUCCAUCGGAUUGUAUACCACCUCCUUUUCCUACUAUAGAUCCUGAAAUUGUGAAUUAUAUGCCAAGAGAAUUGAUGGCCAAAACUGGUGGCGUUGAUCCUUUUAUGCCUAAAGAAGGUUGAACGAAUUUUUUAUAAAGAUUUUUUUUGCAAAGAAUAUAUUAUAUAUUUAAAUGUUUUUUUUUUUAAAAAA